CUUCGCGUCAGUUUCGAACGGGACUUCGGAGCGAGUGGUAACGUUUUGACGUUGUUUGGAGAGUUAAUUUUGGCCGGUCGCCAAUACCUGUGUGUAUUAUACAGCCGUUGAUUGGUGGUAAAUUUUGAUGGUGAUAUUUCCAUAGCUGGAUCAUUGCAGCAAAGUGAAGAAAGAUUCGCGCGCGCUGCUACCGCUUUUCGAGGAGUGUUUUGCGAAGAAUAUUUCGUCGAAUAAGAAAAUAAAAACAUUUAUUUUAAUCUGGCGUGGAAUCUGAUUUUUCGUGUGCAGUGCAGUUGUCUAAAAACGUGCAGUGCUUCAGAACGCGGUUAUUCGGUUAUAAGUGCAGUGGACUGCAAAAAAAAAGGAGCAUCUAGGUUUCCUUGGUGGACGUAAUUAUCGACCGGAUUAUUUUGAAUUGCAGUGGACGAAUCGAAUCAAAGAAAAAUUACUUUUGUGAUCGGAUUAGUGAAAAAAUCGAACGAAGAAAAACAAAAUAUUUUACAUGCUCUUAGUGCUGUCUAAAGUAUAAAAGCUGGAAAGUUGAUUGUGUUAUUUCUGCAUAUCCACAGAAGAAGUGAGUGAAAAACUGGAUGGAGCGAUUGAGGUUGUGAUCUGUAUACAGUUUUUUUUAUUCUUUUGCUGGUCGGCUACCGCUAUCGAGUAAUAAUAAUCAACUAUUGAAAGCGGUACCAGCUGGCCGAAGUGCGACCGGAAGAAAGGUGAAAUAAACUAGCAUCUUGCGGAGAUUGCACGAGCCUGCACGCCUUUGGCAACCAAGGACAACCGAUCGAAACGAGCUCGAGAUAGAAAUAACUCAUGUACGUUUUGCGAUCAUUGCUGUUGUGAUUGUAUCGCACUCUGUGAAAUCCAGUUCAUCGGGUUGCUGUGGUUCAUCCGUGCUCGAGGUAUUGUUCCGUUUCAGAACUCGAACGCCGGCCGGUCCGGAGAUUAGCAGCUGGUUGUGCCCGCAGCGGAAAGGUUGAUCGUAGUGACAACUGACAACUCGAAUUUUGUGUUGAUCGGUUGCGAGGUCGGAAGUGUGAGGCAGAUUUUGAAGUUUUAUCACUCCACAGAGUGCGAGUGCGAAUUACAUCGAUUGUUUCAAGCGUUUAGAAAGAAGAGGCUCAAGUGUCUGCAGAGCAAAAGUCAAGUGUUGUGUAGUCGAAGAGGAAGAAAAAUUACUCCGUCAAAGCAAAAGUGGUUCAGGUUAAACGAGUGUAUAAUUUUGAUGUGAUUGAGCAUCACUCAAGUGUGUACGCAUUAUUUCUUGAAUACAAUAAUCAAACAAAAUCAUUGUCGGUCCUGGAUAGACGUCGUUAACCACAACCCGGCAAGCACAGAACAUAAUCCGCCGACCUACUUCGUUCGUGUAAGAUCCGACAUCUAAACUCGAAUUAGCAACUCACCAAUAGAAAAGCUAUUCAAAUUCAUCGGACCCAAUCAUCAUCACCAUGGCGACUCGGAGGCGACCCUGUCCGUCGCCCGCUGGCCAAUGUUCCGCCGUGAGUCUGGCGCUGCUGUUGUUACAGCUGGUAGCGAUCGGAAGCAGUAUGGCGAUAAGCAACAGUGUGUUUAAAGCCUUCAGCAAAGACCAAACCGUAACGUCCAGCACGCUCAGCUGGGAGAAAUUCAACGGGGAAAAAUCUCAACUGCAGUACGCCGUCAUGAGUUACAACCCAGCCGAGCAUCCCCGGUCCAAGGAGCUUAUGGACGGCGAACAGCUGAGCCAUGCCAGCUAUGUGUGUCGAAUACAAAUCGAGGGCAUCUACUGCGCCGGCCAGACGCAUAUGGAGGACACAUCAACCAUCUGCACGGCGUCACUGCAGUCGGAUAUCCGGCGGCAUCGAACGUUUGAGCUGCUGGUGAACAGGGGCGGUGGGGGAAAGCUCAAGUGGCAAGCGUGGAACAAGUAUCGGGCGGAAAAGUUCCCGGGCGCCGUCAGUGCCAGUAAUGGAAAGGUCGACGAUUAUUACGUUGCACGGUUUCGGCUAGACCAUCAUGGUCACCAUCAUCCCUAUAUUGUGGGUAACUACGACCCGUCGGAGAAGCUGGGUGGCCGUAUUUUCGCACCCCUACCGGGAGCUCCCGAUACUCUGGAACACGAAAGCGGAGACAUUCUGGUGGAAAUCGAACCGGUCCAAUACGAGCUGAGGAAUAUUCGACCUAACAAACUGAGAACUGUCAUUAAGAAAAACACCACCAUUUUGGGAUCAACAAUCCUCUCGAACGAAGAGGACAUCACGAACCAGGCUGAAACGGUGAUAACGUACGAUUAUGCCAAGGUAACCUCUUAUGGACGUCAAGCGGGGGUGGGCAACGGAGUACCGACGAAAGUGAUCGACUUCCGAACACAACAACCAGUCGAUAUGUACUGGGGUGUGGAGCUGACCGAACGCAAAUUUGAAACCAAAGCUAUCAACACGAUUCUGCAACCAGGAACGGCUAUCAAUGUGACACUACUGGGAAAUUACACAGAAAUGGAAGCGCCGUACGUUGCGAAUCUUAAAGCAUACUAUGACGACAACAGUGACCCCGUUACCAGGAAGCUUAAUGGAUAUUUAAUGAGCAAAGACAUGGAGGACGUCAAGAUCGAGUUCAGUCCGAUCUACUGGAUGGAAAAUGGAACCCUGGUACCGACAACGACCACCACAACCACGACGACAACCACAUCAACGACGGAGGCAACCACCACGAACGAAGCGGUGCCGAUCAGUAACACCCCGUUCGACAUUGAUCGCCGAUUUGUUGACGACAAUGAGAUCGAUCCGAUGUCGGCUACCAGCCGGGAAGAGGCUGCCAGCAGCCGAAGUAUCGACAAGCCCGCUAGCAGCAUAAGCUUGUCCAGCGUGGGUGGUUCGGCCAAAGCUGGCCAAUCCACCGCUGUUGCCGAACUUCGGUGGUCAGUUGGGGUGAUAGCGAUGACGGCAGCGAUUCUGGCGGCAAAUCCACGGAUCAACCUGUAGGGCUUUGCGUGAGCUGCGUUAAAUAGGUGUUGCUUUCUACCAGGCUUUUUUUUUUGUUGUUCCUCUCUUGAAGGAUGAUUAGGGUGUGAACGCGAGUGUUUUUAAAGGUUGAGAUGUAUGGCUUUUUUGGUACGUGCAAAAGGGUAGACCGUCGGCAAGCUUUUAUCACAUCUCUCUGUUGUUCCAAUUGAGCUUGCUCAUGCGAUACCAAUUUUCCGCGAUGACAUCGUGUAACACUUCUUGUUUUUAGAUCCUAAGGACACGUUCAAGCAGUUUAAGCUAAGUUAGUGAUAAAAGAAAAACUUUAUAUCAUUCUAUUUAAUUAGAGAAAAGAUUAAAUUUACUGAUAUUCAUUGGAGGUUUUUAUAGCUUAGCAAGUAAACCCGGAAAUAGGGUAGCCAGUGAAACUCUCUUGAAACAUACACACACAGAGAGGAAGCGAGGAAUAAGCGUCAAUGUGAAAAGAAAAUCUUUGUUUAUUGUGUACAUAUAGUUUAUAAUUUAGACAUUCUUUUCAGCAUAGUGAAACAAUGAAUUUAGCUGACUCAAGCGAAGUUUUCAUUUCAAGUUAUAUCAAUGCAGUUCAGAGAAGAACCUUAUGUUUCCCACAAUUCAAACAUUCCAUUUAUUGUAGUAUCCUCAGACACAACACAACACCCCACAGCAGUAGUUGAACAGCUGGGAAACGAUCGAACAGAUUGAGCAGUUGUGGCAUCGUUUUGUCGAGUUAUUAGUAUUUAGCCUCUUAAUAAAAUAAAAAGUCAUAAUAGCACUCGUUAAUUUAGUACUUAUAUCAAAUCGAUCUGUAGUACAACUUCCCGGUAACAAUAUUCGAUAAACACUGCCAGUAGUGAAAAAACAACUUCCAGAAGAAAGCACCUAAAUUCUAGAGAAAAGCAAUCUGUGUCUGUAUGCAAAAGAAAAAAAACUAACGAGCGGCUCAACAACUGUUCAAUCCGAUGCGAUGUUGGCUGGUGCAAUAUUUCACGGAAAUAUUUCAUGUUCGAUUUAACAAGCAAGUAAUCUUUCAUGGUUGGUAUAGAAACCAGAGACAGAGUGGUCGUUAUUAAACCACGUGGUCACUUGAAAAGUUGGAGAAAUAGUGAAACGCUCUGUCACAAAGAUAUUAUCUUCUGCUUUUGAUCAAAUAAUGAACUAUUUUAUAAAAUUGAGACAGGAGUUGUUCAGAAGCCAAAAUUGUUAGUUUGCUUGGUUACAAUUCAGGAUGCUUCGAAAUAACUAAUCAAAAUAUGGCCACGUGGAUCAUGAAAGACCCAGAAAAGAGUCCGUCAAAUUUGUUUACUGGAAAUUUCUCCAUAGUAAACACACAUCGUUCGUUUUUGAGUUCUUGUACAGAGGGACUAAAAAACUAUUGAGAAGGUUAUACAGUGAUACAAACUUGUAGGUCAUAUUUUUUUGGUUUCCGUACAGCUUCCACAAAAUAUUCCGCUUUCAAACCCUACGUCACCUAAAUUGAAUGAAUGUCCACUGUUCUUCAUUUUCGAUUAAAAGCGGUGUAUAAAGUACAAACAAGAACAAAUGAUAGCGGAAUUGUUCAAGAAAAGGUUUAAAUACAAUAUGAUAUUAUGAUGAAAUUGAAAGAAGAAAAAAAUCGUAGACGCUCUACAACUCGGAAAAAACAAGACGCAAACAAAAGUUUAUCCAAAUAUACACAUAAAGAUUAUAAAAAUCACAACAAUAAGUAACAAUCUCGUAUGAUUAUUGAAUUGAAAACAUAUAAAUGCCUUGUGUGUGUGAUCAACAUUAUACUAUCCGUGAACAGAGCAACCGUCAAGUAAGAAACCAAAACGCAUACUUUUGUGCUAGCGGUUUCGUUUUCUCUAGCUUGGGUAAGUAAAUUAUAACAAAACAAAAUAAGGAACACAAUUUCAAAUGUUUAGAGACAGAAACAAACUUAUCUACACACUGACACACUGAGCGCUGACUUAAAAUUGUGAAAACUGUUCUCAAACCGAAGUCGCUAUUGGGUUGUUGGUGGAGGAGAAAGGUCCUGAAAAUGUGCUAAAAGAGAAUGUUGUAUUAUGCGGAACUAUUUAAAAAAAUCGUUACUGGUGUCGCUUCUUAGAAUGGUUAUUUUGCUUCGGCAUGUGCUUUUUGGCCCAAAACAUACAAAUUAUCUUCGUGGGAAAUAAUCUUACUACAAAUCCAAACAAAACAAAAAACCUGCAAAAGCGCAAUGUUGCCUUGAUUUGCCUGUGCUUACCGAGUCCCUGCACUUAUUUAUCGAAGAUGUACUAUUAAUAACCUAUCGAAUUUUUAAACGAAUAUUCAAUACUCACUGCUACCUGCCAGAGGAUAUACUAAAAACAAAAAAAAAAGGAACGAAGAAGCAAAGGCGGUGUCCGAUCGGCUAACAACGGAGUCAAUGAAAAUGAAAUCGAAACGAAAGUACCGAGAGCAAUUCUAAAGCAGAAAAAGACUUGAGUGAUUUAAAGGGAAACACAGUAGAAGUCAGCAUUCAAAAAAAAAAAUUAUCGCUGUCCUUGUAAUGAAAAAUAAAAACCCUCUCUUUCAGCUCCCACAAUGCUCGCCUAAUAGUCCAUAUAACUAGUGAAGUUGCGAUGAACGAAACAAAAAUUCGAAUGAAAAAGAAAAAAAAUACCAACAACAAACAAAACAAAAAAGGCUAUUUUUAUAAUCGUAUUUAUUACCAGCUAGUAAAUAAAUUUAUCGGAUAACAAACUGUAACUGUAACAAAUGCAAUGAUGUUUAGGAAGAACGAAAAAAACUGGAAGAACGGGAGUUGGCUUGGCACACAGCUUUACUCACUAAAGCAAAGUUGAAAUUCUAUGAAAGUAACAAAAUCCUUGCCCUCCCGUAUAUGAGGUGGUCUUUUUUAGUAUUAGAACCCUUCGAAACUAAUGCUGCGCAAGGAUAUCUGUGUAAGUUUUUUUUUUUUCGUUUUUAAGUGCAUAGCUUAGGAAACGGCAACCUAACACACAAUCGUAUAGUGUUGUGAUGUGAACAAAAGUAAGUAAGGUGGGGCCGCAAAACGAAUGUGAAUAUGAAAUAUUUAGGAUGAGGGCGAACCGGGAAGAGGGAAGGGAACACCGUCAGCAUUUGUUGAUUGUAUAUUACUGUAAUUGUAAAACUGUAUCUCGACACAAAAACGAGCAAAAGUAUUCUCAAUAAAGAAGAAUGAAAUCGA